UAUAACACUGUAUCUGUGAUUGUAGCAUUCACAAACCAAGCACAAUGCCAUAUUAUAAAUAGAGUGGCCAUGAAAUCUCUAGAUAUCAUCAGAUGGGAAACAGAACAGGAGGAACAUAACAUAAGUUGGCACGGCUGACCGUGUCUUGUAAACCAGUGCUUGUCUGUGUCAGUGUAUUCCAAGUACAGAUGGAGUUUGAAUUAUACGCUGACCACACCUGGCAGAACCAGGCAGAACGCAGGAAUACCCUGGAUGACGCACAUUUCUCCAGCGAGAAUGAGUUGAAGACUAAGAAGCAUCUUGUCGUAUGGCGCUGGGCUCUGGCUGGGAUGAUGUGUCUGCUCUUCCUGUUACUAGUUGUGGCCUUGUCUCUGAUGUCACUAUAUUUGCAGGUCAAUUACCAUCUGUUCAGGAUCCAAAAGGAAAUGGAAGAUCUGCGUCAGAACCAGAGCCGCGGGCUCAUGGAGUUGGACGAGGAACGAGCAUGCAGCAUCUAUCUUAGCGGCAACCUUUCUGCCAUGCAGCAAGCACAUCAGUCAUUGCAAAACACCAUGCUUUUUCAUCUAACCCAGAACCUAACACAUUACCAGAGGCAGAUCCAGGAUAUAAAGCUUCAGCGACAAGCAGUGCACCAAAAUUACAGUGCCCUGCGCAAAGAGUACAAUGUUUUCAUGGAGAGGAACAUUCUCAUUCCCAGGAGCAGUGCAUUUCUUAAUACCUGCCAAAGGAAUGACUCUGAUAACGACAUUCUUGUGUGCCAUUUUUGCCCCUCUAAAUGGCAGCUGUUUGGCUUGUCCUGCUAUCUGCGAUCUUCAGGUACUAGAAACUGGAUGCAGGGUGGUCACUGGUGCAGGACUCAAGGCGGGUAUCUGGCUGUAAUUAACAGUGAGAAGGAGCAGGUAUUUCUCAAAAGUAUUGUGGGAAUGAAGUCUUGGAUUGGCCUGUCAGAUCAUGAGAGAGAGGGAUAUUGGCGCUGGAUUGAUGGAACGCCGUAUGACAAAACUCCUAGAUUCUGGUCGAGGAAUCCACCAAAAUCCAAUGAAGCUGAAGAUUGUGUCACACUCUCUGCCUUUUCCAUGUGGGACGAUGAAGACUGUAACAGGACCUAUCUGAGUGUGUGUGAGCGGCAAGCUGCCCAGAUUAUCCUGAAAGGUCAUAUACUUAGUAACUAGGCUAAUGUCCUCAUUAUUACAGCUUCCAGGAAAACAUGUCCGAAGCAAUCGUUGCCAGCUAAUGUUUUAAACAGUUACGUUAUGUCCCUGUAGGCUCUUAAUCCUUCACCAAUGUAUCUCUCUCAUUUACUUCAUGAUUGUGAACUAAUAGAACAAAGGUGGGCAACCAUCAGCACACCAGAUGUUGCAGAUGUUGUAGACUACAUCACCCAUGAUGCUUUGCAUGUUGUUAGAGCAUUAUGGUAGGUAUAAUCCACAACAUCUGGAGUGCCAAAGGUUGCCUACCCCUGUAAUAGAAUAUUCUUGUCUGUGUUUUAGAAUGCAUUCGUUAUUUAACAAACUCACAAUGCUUUUGAGGGUGGUAGCUCAGCUCAAAUUUGAAUCAGCCCUGUCUGUCAUUCUAAAAGGUUCUACGUGGCUAUGUGACUCUGAUCUGAUCAGGAUAUCUACGUAUUGUACACUACUGACCCAACCUACUAAUAUCAGAAUCUCGAGGCGCUGGCUGUGGUGAUGGUAUUUCACUUACACUCGGCUUACAAGUUUAUAACCAG